AUGCCAACUCGUUUCAAGGGUUUAGCUCCACGAGCACGAAUAAUGGGAACGAAUACACGAAAUCUAAUCAUACGGCUGUCAAAAGUCGGUUUCUAUUGGGGUACAGUUGAGGCUCGUCUCAAAGAACGCAUGUACCUGUUGACGCUGUGUCAAGUACAACUCAAGGAAUUCCAGAUGACCGAUUGGCGUGUCAGACCACUCCCCGCAGAAAUGAUGCACUACGCCCGGGAGGACACUCACUAUUUACUCUACUGCUAUGAUCUGCUACGGGAAAGACUUUUUGUUGAGAUC